AUGGACAGAAUCAUGGCGCCGUCCGUGUUGCUGGUGGUGCUCUGCUUCGUCAGCUCGAGCUCGCUGCUGGUGAGGUCGCAGACGUCGACGGACUCGUGCGCUGCCGCGCUCAGCGUCGGCGGCCUCCCCUUCAACACCACCGGCCUCGACUGCUUCCAGGCAUGGACGACGCAGGACUUCGUCCUCAGGUUCGGGAAGGACGCGUCGGGGAGCAGCGUGUGGAACUUCGUGCUGUCGGCGCCGGACAGCGGCGGGUACAUCUCCGUCGGGUUCUCGCCGAACGGGCGGAUGGUGGGGAGCAGCGCGGUGGCCGGCUGGAUGACGUCCUCCGGCGCGGGCACGGCGGCGCAGUACUACCUCGGCGGGACGAGCUCCCGGUCGUGCCCGUCGGGCCAGGGGAAGCUGGCGCUGUCGCGCGCCGCGGGACCGACCAUCGUGUCGCAGGGCUCGAGGCUCUACCUCGCGUUCCAGUUCUCCGGCCAGCCGCUCACCGACCUCGUCUACGCCGUCGGCCCCAGCGGCAGCCUGCCGGGCUCCAACGGGCUGCUCCCGCAGCACCAGGACAUGACGAGCGGCACCAUCACCCUCCCCGCCGGCACCAGCGGCGGCGGUGGCGGCGGGAGCACAUCUAGCGGCGGCGGCGGCGGCGGUACGUACGCCAGCGACGAUGGCAAGGAGGGCGGCGAAGGGAAGGGCAAGAGUAACAGCAAGCACUCAGGAGACGGCGACGGCGACGAAGGGAAAGGCGGAACAAGGUCCUCGGCGUCCAGCUCAGCAGCGAGCGGCGGCGGCGGCGGCCUCAACUCGAAGCGGCGGCACGGCGUGCUCGCGGUGAUCAGCUGGGGCGCGAUGAUCCCCGCCGGCGUGGCGAUGGCGCGCUUCCUGAAGCGGUUCGACCCGCUCUGGUUCUACGCGCACGCCAUCGUCCAGGGUCUCGGGUUCGUGGUCGGCGCGGUGGCCAUCGUCGCCGGGUUCAGGCUCGACGACGAAGACGAGGUCGCUGCCCACAAGGCGAUCGGCAUCGCCGUCCUCGUCUGCGCCUGCCUGCAGGUGAUGGCGGUGCUGGCGAGGCCGAUCAAGGAGUCCAAGGUGCGCAAGUACUGGAACUGGUACCACCACUACGUCGGCCGCGCCGCCGUCGUCCUCGGCGUCGGCAACAUCUUCUACGGCCUGUCGCUGGCCAAGGAAGGGCAGGAGUGGAGCUACGUCUACGGCAUCUUCGUCGGCGUUUGCGCCGUCGCGUACCUCGUCCUCGAGGAGUGGAGGCGCAGGCAUUGAGCCGCCGCUUCCGUCGCCGCUG